AUGUGACAGAACAAUACGGUUUUGGAAGAACUGAAAAUGGCAAGUAAAUUCGUCUGUCUGCUUUUGUUGGUCUGCGCAUCUUAUACUGCUGCACAAGACAGUAGCGACAACAGCACCAGUAGCAGCAAUGACAGCAGCCAAAACUUGUCCGAACCAUGCUCCACCGAUGACUUGGACUGUAUUCGCCAGUACUUCAUGAGCAAUGAACGCUGUCGCCCAAACAGCCAUGAGGAUGGUGUCGCAAUCCAUAAGGACGUGCAAGUGUCUUAUAUUCCAAAAAUCAACGUCACUGUCAUCUCGCUUGAUGAUUACAUCACCUUCUACGGCUCCACGAUAAAAAAGUUUUACAUAAACAACGACAGUAACAACCUGGUGAUAUCAAUCGGCUUCGAAGGCAUCAACCUCAACUCCCAACGCUGCACCUUCGCCAUUAACCAGAGGGGCGGAGAGCCGAAGCUGGUUGAAGAUUACGUCAACGCCACUUACUCUGCCGAAAUAACUGCUGUAAUUUCUGGACGUGGCAAAGAAAUAAGGUCAGCUGAAGUCAGCGGCUACAGCACCAACGCCUACCCACCGUUCGAACUUGGACCCAAAAUCUCGGAGAGUUCAGAUGAGGUGGUCCAAGCUAUGUACCAGGAGUUGGUGUCAGACAUUCCUACAGCAGUUCAGGAGCUUCUCCUGACCAAAGCUUUCUACUUCUUCUACGUCUACCUGCAAUCUUACAUCUGCGACUACGACAUCGAGUACACUGGACAGAUGGUUUAAUUUUUUGGAAAAUAGUGUCAAUUCCAUUGAACCAUUCUCUAAACUAAAUUCAUCUUCUGUUUCUUUUCUGGCGUAUGAAAUACAGACUAUGAAAUAUCAUUUAUAAAGGAAUAAAUUUUAAUUACUCGUCGUAUUUUACUUGCCUUGUACAGUCAGCUGUAAAAAGUUCUGUAACAGUCUAUUUCGAUACUAGAUUCAAAAUUUGCUAGCACGGUCUUUCUUGGCCUUGACCAAACUUGACCUUCACUGGUCGGGUUUUUAUUAGCGGUCAAGCUGUAGAUCCUGGCUACACAGGAGUAGCUGCAGC